GCUCCAGUCUGUGGGGUCCGGGCGGGAGGCAGCGGCCCCCACCUCUGCUCAGCAGAGACCUGAGGACCCGCGGCACCUCGAGCCCUACACGCGGAUCCGCUCGCUGAGGAGGGCCAACCACUCGAGCUCUUCUGCAGAGGCACAGAUGAGGCAACGAGAGGGAGAGGGACCGUGUCCCUCCCUCACAGGGCGCUGUGUCUAAGGUGCUGCCCCCUCCCCCCCCAGCAGCUGAACCAUACCUGGGGUGAGGCUGGCGGGGGGUCAUAGCCCCCCAACUUCCCACCACCCCCAACCCACACGCAGCCUGCACUCCUAAAGCCGGCUCCUCUCAGUUUCCCUCGGACGCCUCGGCUCCUCCGCCACGUCUGUGGCUGGUUCAGGCUGCUGAAUCUUACGUCCCAAGAACCAGUGGGACCAAUGCCAGUGUCCUCGCGUGGUGGUCCGUCAGGCUGAAGUGGAACCGGCCGGGGAGCUGCAGCCCUCGACCAGCCUGCCAGUAGCUUCCAACAGGUCCUGGUGCUCACGUUCCUCCCCUGCUCUCUGGAGGGUCCACCUGUGGGUCCACGGCCCCUGCACUGGGCCCCCGCACCCUGACCUAGGCUGGGGGAGACCGGCCGGCCCCGGACCCGAGCCCCUGCCUGGCCUUGCUGCUCCGGACCCCAUGCCUGCCUUCCCCUCCGGAAAGCAACACAGGGGCACCAGCCCCCCCAAGGCCGUGGAGAGCUGCAUGAACUGCAGCCUGCUGCCAACCCCGGCCCCCUGCCCCCACCCCCUCCACUGCAGCCCACAUCCCCAUGCAAGCUGUGCUCUCCCCAGGGGGAGGACAAUCUCUGGACGGUGGAUUCAGACGCAGCUGACUCCUCCAGAGGCUUGCAGGGGGCAGGAGACCUGUCCAUGCAUCCUGACCUGGGCAUGAGGGCAGGGGCAGGGCCACGCCCAAAGCCCAGAGGAGGACUUUGCUUCCACCCAGGCUCUGCCAGUCGUUUGCAAACCUCAGAAUUGAACCGCGUGCCUUAGGACCCUUCUCUCAGCUGCUCCAGGGGCAAGCAGAGGGCCCGGACAGAGGAGGGUUGGCCAAGGUGGACGUCCAAGGCCCGGGUCCUGCCCACAGCUGCUGCUCCUCACCCCCACAACUGAACGACCGUGCAACCUCUUUUCUACACUAGGUGGGAAGACUACGGAAACCGCUUGCUUUGAAGGGCACCGUUUAUUUUUAAAUAAUUAUGCCUUUACACCAAGUUUCAAACAUAGCACAGGGAGGGCCCGGGUGCCCUUCACCGCCUCCCUUGAGAUUUGCAGCUUACAGAUCGUGGGGCGCCACCAAACCAGGAACAGGGGGAGGGAGGGCCCCGAAGUGCUUUCUCACAGGUGUGUGCUCCUGUGCCCACUGUGCACUCAAGAGGCAGGACGGGCCCCUCCGAACAAAGCUGUCCCUCAGGUUACCUUCAGAGUCUCUAGCCCCAGACGACCGAUCACGACAGCACUGACUUUUGAACGACUGCCAGACUCUGAUUUCCCCCAGAAGGCCGAUGAGGGGCGGGGAGGAGGACGGAUUUCCAAUAAACUCAAGACGCCCUGAUUGAUCCCUGGCCUGGCCAGUGCAGUUUCUGACCGGCGCAUGUCGUGGGAACCGCAACCAGGUGUCCCCGGCUCUGUCCGUGCGAGGGAACUAGAGUCCACACGCCGAGCCGCUCCUGCCCUGGGCUGUCCAGGAGUCCCCUCGUGCUCCCGCCCAGCUCUUCACCAGGGUCUCAGGGGGGCCUGAGACAACCCAGUGCGUCAGACACCUGGGGGCGGGCCCAGAACCUGCCCUCUGAGCCAGCACUCUCCGCUUGGGAGCCUGGUAACUCGCCCUCUAGUCGCCACCGUCUCCCUGCUGACGGGACGUGCAGGGAGGGAAGCAUUCGGGCACCGCUGGCGCCACCAGCGGAGGCCUCAGGGACGAACCCUAGCAGGGAAGGGGACCGGAGAGCACGAGGAUCUCUCCGGGGCAGGCUCAGGCAAGGCGAGGUGCCGAGCGGCGGGCACACGCGGAGAUACUACAGCCGGGACUGCAGGAGGCGGCGGGCUCACCCAAGGAGCCUGGCCCGCCCAGCGCCGCGCGGGGGCCGAGUGCGAGGGGCGGCGGCGGCAAGCACCCGGCAGGGCCGGGAGCCCCGCAGACCCUCGACCCUCGGCGCUACGGGCCCGCUCCGCCCUUCCGCGCGUCCCCGGAGAGGAACCGCGCGCACAGCUGGCUGCAGGGGUCGUCAUCGGGCCCGGAGGACGGACCCGGCGGGCCAGCCGUCGCCCUGCCUGGCCCGACUCCGCCGCGGCUCACCUAGCUCUGGGCGGGGGAGUCCGCCCGGGACGGGGAGUCGAGCCCCGGGACUGGGGGCCCGGGGCGCCGGCCAAUCCCGGGGAGACCGCGCCGAGCCCGGGACAAGACUGCACGACGGCGGGCGAGCUAUGCGCAGGCGCGCGCGGGCAAGCGCUGAGGGCGUGAGGUCACGGCGAAGGUGCGGCCGUGCGCCGGCGCAGUGGGACGUAAACACGCGCGCAGGGGCCGCGAGGGCUGGCGCAGGCGCAGUGGGGUUGGGAGGGCGCGGCGCAGGCGCAUUGGCCGCGCACGCGAUGGGCGGGGUGUUGACGGCGCCGCGAUGGCUGCCCGCGGGUGUGGGACUAGCGAAGCCCCCGGCCCCUCUCAGAGCCCGGCCUCCUGACGCCGCCAGUGGGCGGGGCCGCCCGGGCCGCCUCCGCCGCUGUCAUGUAUCCGACGCCGCCGCCGGCGGCGCCGCAUCGGGACUUCAUCUCGGUGACGCUGAGCCUCGGCCAGAGCUACGACGGCAGCAAAAGCUGGCGGCGGCGCUCGUGCUGGAGGAAGUGGAAGCAGCUGUCGAGAUUCCAGCGGAACGUGAUCCUCUUCUCGCUCACGUUUCUGACGCUCUGUGGACUCCUGUCCUACAUCAGCGUGGCUGACCAGUGGAGAGCUGCGAAUGGCCGGUCAGCGGAAGAGCGGAAGAUGAGACCAGCAGAUCCACCCGUCUUGCCAGCUCCUCAGAAAGCAGAUGCUAAUCCAGAAAACUUCCCGGGGGUUUUACCUCAGGUACUUCGGGUAAACGACACGUGGGGUCGUCACUGGGGUCCGUCCCGCAGGCAUUUCAGAACAGCGUGUGGAAGAAUUCUUUCUCUCACCACCUGUGUGAUGUUUGAACCUCACGCUCCUUGUGCUGGGCUGACGGGAUGACACUUGGGGCAGGAAGGAGGAGUACUCUUUCCUUUGUUCUUCUUGGACACCUGCUGGUGUGCCAGAUGCUGUGUUAGAUGGCGAGCAAAACAGACCCGUCCCUUCUCUCCAGGAGCUGCGGGCUGUGGGGAGCGGGCAGGUGGCCCGUGGCGAACAUCCUGCGAGGAAAAGAGCGGUGGCCGCCAGGAGGGAUAAGGCUGGCGCCGGUCCCCUCCGUCAGGGAAGCCUCUGUGCGGAUGGGACACUGAAUUGCUGCCUGAGGCUGAGAAUCCGCUGGCUCUGGGUAGAGUCAGGAGAGCCAGGCUUGACUUGAACGAAAGUGCCCAAGGCACGGGGAGCAGGGCUUGCUCAGGGAGUUGAAGCUUCAAAGGGUCUGGAUGGGGCAGGGGGCCGGGGUUGGUCCAGACCGGGCCCUACGGGGCUGCCCUGGCAAGCAGCAGGAGGCCACUCUCCAAACCGUCUCAUUCAGGGACUGUGUGUAAAAAAGCAGGUUUUCUCCCUCGUAGAGCCGACAGGCGUUUCUUUUACUUCUCGCGGCUAGUCUUUUGCACACGGACUCUCCCGUACUUGUAAGGAAAGCAGAGCCAGCCUGCCACGUUUCCCCACUGAAAGACAGGUUUUCGGAGGUGUUUCAGGAGGCCCGUGAUCCGGUCUCUGGUGUCCAGCAGGGGCCCGGACGGUAAGGGGUUUGUUGAUACGCACACCUCCCCUGGUCCAGGCCUCCGGACAGGGAGCCCCUUGUGGAGGCCGCUUGGACUUGCUCUCUCGCUCAGACUCCAGUACUGGUCCCCAGACCCAGGUCAGCCUCGGUGCUUUGUUUGGGCCAGACCCUGUUCUCCUGGCCGCGGGGGUCCCAGCUCGGUGUCGUUCGGGAACGUCUUCACGGAUGCUGCGGCUCCUGAGAAGCAGUUUUCCCGAUUCCC